AUGACACGACGGAGGACGCACUACAUCAACUUUAUGGCGGACGGACACUCUUCCAGGGCGUCUGCAUCGGGCAAUACUGGGACCGAUGUCCCUUCAUCUUCCGGAGCCUCCCAGGUUCCGAAUACAAUUGCGGAGCAAUCUCCACCACCGCCUCCACCACCACCUCCACCGCCGGUUGCCGAACUGGUACCCGUCCCUCCUCAACCGUAUGCCCAACUUACGGUUGAGGACUUACAAGCCCUCCCGGGACGGGGGAUUUUACGACGUUUGGUUCCCGGAAAAGCGGAACCAGGUUCUUAUUGGUUUGACUUGGAUAAUUGUGUCGGUCGGAGCGUUUCCGACACAAUUAAGAGUCAUUUUGUUGAGCCGCACUACAAUUGGAGCAAGCAACGGUGGAACUGGGACAUCAGGAUCAACGAGACGGUCCGCGAAGCUUUCUGGCUGAAGGCGCAGAAACGCCUAGUCAACACCGUUUCCGAUUGGAAGCGGAAGUGGGAGACUGACGGCGACGAAGCGAAGCCGAGUGCCAUAUCUACUUCCUGUUGGAACGGGUUGAAGGCGUACUGGCUGGACCCGCAUGCCCAGACCGUUGCGUCUAAGUGUUCGGCCGUCCGCAACCGGGUCGGUCCUGACGGUCAGAAGUUAGUAACCCCGCACACUUCUGGCCAAAUCUCUUUUGCGGGCCGACGUCUCAUGAUGGCCUAG